AUGGACGUGACUACUAGAAAAGGACUUUUCCCUAGACAGAUGCUGCUGUCUUUAUUGCUCUUGGGCUUUCUCCUCUUGGGGGAAAAGGCAAACAGCAUGUCCCUGGAAUCUCGUAUUGUGGGGGGCUGGGCUGCCCAGAGGGUGCAGUGGCCGUGGCAGGUGAGCCUCCGGGAGCAUGGCCAGCAUGUGUGUGGGGGCUCCCUCAUCAGUCAUCAAUGGGUACUGACCGCUGCCCACUGUGUGCCCAGCUCCCUGCAUCCCUGGGACCUGCAGAUCCAGCUGGGGGAACAGAUCCUCUAUACCAGGCCCCACUACUCCGUCUUGGUUCCUGUGAGUCGCAUACUGUUGCACCCCCAUUAUGAUGGGGAUGCCCUUCAUGGAAAAGACAUUGCAUUGCUGAAGAUCGCGAGACCUGUACCUUUCUCCAACUUCAUCCGGCCCGUCACUCUGGCCCCACCUGGCACUCAGGUCCCACCGAAGACCCUGUGCUGGGUGACCGGCUGGGGGGAUAUCAGGAAAAAUGUGCCCCUGCCUCGGCCCUACCCGCUGCAGGAGGUAGACGUACACGCCGUGGACACACAGACGUGCCGAGUCCUCUAUGAUCCGGAGCCCAUCGGAGAUGAGAUGCUGUGUGCCGGCCAAGCCCGAGGGCGUAAGAGCUUCUGUGAUGGUGACUCUGGGGGCCCUCUUGUCUGUCAACUGAGAAACAGAAGUUGGUUCCAGGUGGGUGUGGUGAGCUUCACCAGAGGCUGUGCUGAGCCUCAGUUUCCAGGUGUGUACUCCAGGGUCUCGUCCUUUGUACCCUGGAUCCGUCAGUAUGUGCCUCUGCCCCGAGCAUCAGUGUGA